AAAGAAUAAUUCACUUUUCUUUUCUUCAAGUAAUAAAACCUUUGUCAACCAACAACCAAUAAACCAUCGUUUACAGGUAUAAGGUCUUUAAAAUCCUUAUAUUGUAUAUAAUUCCGAAUUUUAAAUUUCGGGUGCAGGUCACGUUGUAAAUAUUGUAAUUAACGCGAAGCAGGUAGCGAUGUUAUUUAAAGAACGUGUACUCGAGGCUCAAGAUGUUUAACAAGGAUCCUCGAGGCUCGAGAUUCUUAAUAGAUGUAAAGGAGAAAAGCAUGGCAAGGUGACAGCACAACUACUUUGAUAAAAUACCACGAGAUAAUUGUAAAAAUUUAUAUAUUUAUUUAUAUAUUUACCGUUUUCAUUUUAUUUUCCUAGAAACGGUAUCAAUAGAGAUCGAUGUGAUGUUCCUCUUCUGAUGUGAAAAUGAUCCGGGCAUAAAUCGAAUGAUAUGUCAAUCGAACAAAAGUAUAACACGUGUAACAAUCAUUGAAUACGUUUUAAUCGGAUAUUUGAUUAUCCUUUUUUUUUAUUUUGCCGAAUACAUAAAAGGACAAUUGAUGAAAGAUGAAGAGGAUCAAGACAGAUCAUAAUUUCUCUCGUGGAGUUUCGAAAUGAUGGAUACGAUCAUUGGAAAUUUAUUUAUAUGAUAGAUUAUAGAAUUUAAUCCGUAUGUAUGCAACGUGACGUAUCGACAUGCGACUGUCAUUAAUCAAACUGUUUCUACGUAAACACAUCACAAUAAUUGGCAUCCAAAUAAACGUAUAACGGAUGAUCUAACGUCACCACGCUUAGUAUCUAUCCAUAAUGGAAUUGCGAAAAUAAAACAAUUAUUUUUGGACAAACAAAAUUACAAUGAUAGAUACUACAAGUAUGAUAUCGUGGCAAUUCAAGUGAUUGUAAAUCCGUUAUUAAGAUAGCUUUCUAGCUUGUCAAAAUCAACGAGAAAAUAGGUCAUUCGAUCAUAGUUCACUCGUAUAUAUUUUGUACAUAUUUUGGACACCUGCCGAUAGGGUGUAUCUGUAUAAAUAGGCAGUUUGAUAAACAGCAUGAUUGUAAUGAAUGCAUACGAGUAGAUGAAGUGUUUGAAGUGCAAUACUUGCAACUUUUUUUGCGAAUACACACCUCAAAAGCGGAUACAGUUGUUCAAAACAUUGAUUUCCACGAUUUAAUAAAUAACUAUGUAAUUUUUUUAGAUAAAUACUGAAACGGUAAAUUUCGAUAUUAUUAAUUAGAGCAAUGAUUUAUAUCGCAUUUAAAUUUAAUUUUUAAGAUCCAUCAAUUUAUUAUCAUUCGAGCUUUGCAAUUGGAUAUUUCAUUUUAACGUACACAUCUCUGCUCUACUCUGAUUAUAUCUGUUCACGAUCUUCAUCAAUAUGUUUGGGUUACGGUGAGCUCGUGUUUUUGAGUGGUAGGGAAAUGGUGGGGUUGAGUCGUUUAAUUUAGGAGAUACAAUAGGGAAUUUAAGCAAAUAUUACUGUACAUAAUAAAGUAGGAAUAUCCUCAUCUGCUCCUUUUUUCACGGAGGUAGGGGUACAGGUACCUAGCGAAUAUAUAAAUAGAUUUACGAGGGUUGGUAGAUCAUUUGCUCAUGAGAGUUUGUGUUUCGUGUCACGUUACUUUAAAAUUGUUAGUUAAGUGUUGAAAAUGGCAAGGUCGACAGCGUGGAUCAGGAACAACAUGUUGUACUCCGAAGACGAAUACGACGAGCAAUUGAUGGAAGCAAGAUUGAAAGUUCAACGAUCUUUUCAAAAGUUAUCCAUUUCAGACUGGCAGUCGCACAAAUGUUCUAAUCCAUCAAACUUAGUAAAAGUUACGCCGAUUGAAUCUCGUCCACCAUCCUGGAAAAAUUUUAAAGAAAAAUCUACACUGUAUUCGAUGAAUUUAUUAGAUGACAAAAAGCUAAAUGAAGAAAUCAAGGCCAAGGUCCCAUCUAGAACAACAAUCAGUAAUGAAAAUUAUUACCCGAAAAGAUUAUCAGCAACAAAAUAUAAAGAAUGUUCAAAUUGUUCAUCAAAGGAUAAAAUGUUCGAUACAAACAUUCCAAAAGUAAAACUUUCCAAAAACAUUUACGGAACCUAUCCCAAAACAUCCCCUUCUAGAAAAGUUCAAAAUAUAAAUAUUGUUUUACCAGUUAGACCAAAAGUUGAGCCAUUAACAAAUCAAAUUAAUGUUAACAAAAAAAAUGACUAUUCUAAUAAUAGCGGAACUCCUCGAGAAAGUAGGCAAAGGAAGAACGACGCCAUUCAAAUUUCCGACAUGGUGACAACCCCUAUAAGAACGCCAGACGUGAAAUCAAGUUUCAAAAUUCCCGCCACUUCUACUCCAAAAUUCUCUCGAGCUUACUUGUUUUCGAAUAUCGGUGAAGAUAAUCCAAAAACGAAAAAGAUAUGUUCCCAAAACAUCUUGGAGAAAUCUUACAUCUUCGAAAAUAAAUCUAUGAACGAAUCGGAUGAUUACAAGCUUGAUAAUACUUUUAAAUGUAGAAAGUUGUCUAAGAAUAUGCUAGAAAAAGCAUCUAUUUUCGACAGCAGUUUAAGGAUAGAAAACUUUGAUCAAGAUUACAAAGAAGAUAUAAGAUCUUAUAAAGAAACACCAAUAAAGACACCAAAAGAGAAUUCGCUAUUACAGAGAAAUAUUCGAUCGAUUGAUUCAAUUUUAUCGAAAGACGAUUAUGAUUUGACUAUGCCAAAAUCUUCAUCCAUGGUUCGUGACAUUGCGAAGAAGUUGGAAAUCGCAAGUAUAUCUCCUUCAACGAAUGAGUCACUAAGAACCAAAAUGAAUUCUAUUUUCCAAAGAAAAAAAUGGAAUCGACCAAACUCGAUUAUUCAUUUUUUAAGAAAUAAAUAUGAACACGAAAAGAAAAAUACUAUUAAAGAAAUGGGAAAUUUAACAGAGAAAGAAAAUAAAUCUUCGUUAUCACGUCAGAAUUACAAUACUAGAGUCAAUCAGAAUGUCGUGAAACAACUGGUGAAUGUCAUAGAAAAAGAGAUUGUGCCUAAGGUUAAAACUUAUCAUCAAUCGUUAAAAAGAAAUUUUGUAUGUGAAGAAGACAGUUUCAGCGAGUCUGAAGCAAAAUCUGUUGUUACAUCAACCUCCCCUAAGGACACGGAUAGCAGCAGUGAUACUGAUCAAAAAUCACUUUAUGUAAAUUAUGAGCAAGAUUCAUUCGAUAAUGAAAAUUCAACAACGGAAAAAACAUUGGAAACCGAAGAAAAAGUUUUUCAAGAUGAAAAUGAUAAUGAUGAUGAUGUUUAUUGGAUACCUGUAUCUAAUCCAUAUAAAUUUCCAAGAACUAGUUCCUUAUUGACAAUCUCUAGUCAAAUUUCUAUUGAUACCCCGUCUCCAUGUAUUAGUCCAAUCAGAAUGGAAGAGGAAGUGGAUGUUGUGCAAAAACAUUGGAGAAACACUACCAGAAAAGUCAACCCUUUUUAUAGAAUUGAUGAAACAAUAGUGAUAGAUUCAGGAUAUUCUGAUAAGUCUGAAGCGAUUAUGAAUAAUUCUGAAUCAUCGAUAACGGAUAGUUAUUAUUAGUGAUGUUUAAAAUGAUUCUAGAUCGAAAAACAGGUUAGGUUAGUUUAAGAAAAUCUUCUAGGCGGAAGUCAAUCGUUGAUUAGUUUUUAUCUUGAUAUAAAUUUUUAUCUCCAAAUUAUCUUCAAAAAAUAUAGGAUUUUGAUAAUUAGUAAAAGCGAUAGAUUUGUGAAUUAUACCGUGAUAUAAUCUGAUAUCAUGAAAAGUAAUCUGAUUUAUUUGAAUAUUUGAUACCUGCUAAGCGUAAUUCUAUAAAUAUAAUUCUUGAAAUGAAUGAUUGAAGCAAAAUGUAAAAUACUAUUCUAUAUUUUACUUCAACAUCUCAUCAUUAAAUCUGCGAUAAAUAAUUUUCAUAUUUGUUUUUAUUCGAAUUUAAUUUGUUUUUUUAUGGUGAAUAAAUACAUUGAAUGUUAAAUGAA